AUGAAGUCAACAGCUUAUGUCCACUUCCUCCCACAAGCACUUGAGGGACAAGAGAAGGUCAUCAUUGACUACCUUCAAGCCACUGAGAAGCUCCAAAAGCUUCAAGAUCUCCGCGAAGAGUUCAAGUCCCGCUUGAAACAGGAGAACUUACUGCAGGAGUACAUGCUCAUCCUUUAUACACUCAUUGAUGGCUCCCAUUUACCAUCAGAGUACACUGCAGUUCUUGAUGCACUCAAAGAUCUUCGCGAACACCAGCCGAUCGGUAAAGAAGCCUUCGAGCUCACCAUUGAGCAAGCCAUCUUCGCCAAGCACAAUGCAAAGAAGCAGAUGCUCGAAGCUCUUGACAAGAUCAAAAAGUACGUCGAAAAGUACUAA